GCGUGAAUGGUACGAAGUGCUUGCAACAAGCAUCGCUCAUAUUGAAAGUUCUUGAAUAUAUAUUUCUAUAUAAGAUGCUGAACUUAGUGCUGUGCAUUAUUGUGAUUGGUGAAUCAACAUUGCAAAACUUGGUCCAGGCUGACGGUCAUGGGCAUGCACACCACGUGAUUAUACAUGUGCCGUAUAAGAUCAAGACAAUUCAUCACACGCAUACGAUCACAAAGCACAUACACCACAAGGAUGAUGGAAAUAAGGAUGAUCUGCUCGGUUAUACAGUCGAACAUCCUAUCGAUUUGAAUGCCCAUGAGUAUGGUCAUAGCACUAAUGGCGGUAAUAGUGCUGUCGUUCUAGACGGGCAUCACUUCGAAGGUAAUCACGACUCCAGUGGUGUUCAGGAAUUCGGUGAUGCUGACUUGGCCGGUGGUAUAAGUGAAGGCGCUAAGGACAGCGAUUACGAGGGAAGUUCCCAGGGUGGAAUUAUCACAAGUUACGACUUUUAUGGAAGCAAUUAUCAUAGGCAUAAUAAACCUGAAUUUCCUAACCGCAUUUACAUGAAACGUGAAUAUCCCUCCAAUCAUUAAGAGUUAUGAAAACGAUGUAGUCACGAAAAAGAAAUUCACUGAAAAUGUGUAAGUUUUAUUUCACAUGCACGGGAGGGACCGAUUAUCAUGACACUGAGCAUCUGCGUUAUGCGAGUGUCAUGAAAAUAAUAUCAACUUCAAUUCUAAAAAAUUUUAAAAUGAAAUUAUUUGCCGUUAAGAAAAUUCAGGAAUAUCUUCGGUGUUAUUGGAAUAAAUACCUCACCGAUACGUUUUCCAUCGUAUUUGUUUGUUGCUUUUUAUAUGAGUAGUUUAUCAACACUGGUCGAUUCCAAAAACAUCUUUGUUAACAUUCUGUUCAGCCCUGCCAAUUAAUUGAGCUUGUCGAAAAAGUCAAUAAUUUUAUUGUGAUUACUUAUGAUAGCUCUCGUUGCGUUUCGGAUUCUGGGAAAUAAAUUAUUUACAUUGUAAUAAAAAUAUUUAUCGAACAAA